AAGCUCACACAGGAAGUUAAGACAGGUGGGCUGAAUUUUUCUCGGCACAACAGAAAACAAGAUCACAUUGUGCACGGAAUCCAAAGAGGAAGAUGCCGGAGAGGGGGAGACACCACCAGAGGAGUGAGGAGUAUGAUGAGUACAAGAGUAGGGACAGGGACAGGGACUACUCUCACAAUGGAGACCAUGCGUCUUAUGAAGACAGAGGACGCAACCAAAAGCCGAGAGACAGAGAGGAGAAAAGCUCUGCCGGUGACAGGAGGCCAAAACAAAAUCGACAGAGGGACGUGACAACUGCCUCUCACAAUGAGCCACCUGUUUACAGAGACCACAGCCAUGAAGGACCCUCAAGACUGUCCAGAGAAUCUGAAGGGGAGGAGUAUUAUGAGCCACAACAAAAACAUGCUCUUUACAAUCUCAAAUACAUCUUAACCAGCAGAGGUAUCUGCCAGCUCAUGGAGGUGUUUGUGAAUCUGCUUCUUGUCAUCUGUGCGGGGGUGCCGUACAGCAACAACGGGGGCUACAGGGACCUGGCCAGCCUGGGAGGAAUCUACUAUUAUCACUUUGGUGGAGCCAACGCGUUCACUGGAGCCGAUGCAGACCGAGUGAAGGAGCUGGACGUGCUCUUCCAUCAGCUGAAGAAACCUCCGUAUGUCUUCACCAUGGCCUGCGGGGGGGUUAUAAUGUUCUACGCCUGUGUCAUGCUCGGCCUGGGGAUUUUCAGGGUCAGUUACCGCUUCCCCCCUGUGCUGCUGGGCGAGGCUCUGCUGAACGUCCUGAUCGGCCUGGGCUACAUCCCCGCGCUGGCCUUCUACUUUAUUAAGCUGCAGCAGACCUACAACGACCCCAUCUGCACGGAGAGAGAGCAGAUGUACAAGAGCAAAGGCCACAAGGGAUUCGAGUGCCAGUUCCACGGUGCAGAUAUUGCAGGAGGUCUCUUUGCGGUGUUCGGGGUGUUUGUUUUCAUCUUCGGUGCAGUGUUAGCUGUCAAGGCGUUCAGGGCAGUGAGGGAGCUGAAGAAGCAGAGGACAAACGAGGACAAUAAUCUAUAAAACUAUUCUUCUUGCCGAAUUUGAACAAAAGUGGGAUUGAUUAGAAAAUCCCUGUGACAAGAGCUUUGUCAUAUUAGGUGUUAAUGUGUAUUCAUCUGUGAGUCAGCUUUUUUAUCCACUUUUUAUAUCUUACAGGAGUAUUUAUUUGAUUUUGUAGAAUACUUUCUUAAUCCUAGCAAUUUCCAGUUUACAUGUGUAUUGUUUCUGUUACAUUUUCUAUAAUAAACCAUUCAAACUG